UGCUUGCUCCAAAAGAUAUUAGAAAUAACCAACGAGGGUCUUCAGGCAAUAGUCAAAUAGUUCACAGUCGAGUCAAUUCAAACGGCAAUUCAAAUCAAAAUGAACACGAUGCCAAAAUGUCUGCUCUAAAAGAUAUCGACACAAUCAGUAAUAACCAACGAGGGUCUUCAGGCAAUAGUCAAAUCGUUCACAGUCGAGUCAAUUCAAACGGCAAUUCAAACCGAAAUGAACACGAUGCCAGAGUGCUUGCUCCAAAAGAUAUUAGAAAUAACCAACGAGGGUCUUCAGGCAAUAGUCAAAUAGUUCACUGUCGAGUCAAUUCAACCGGCAAUUCAAACCGAAAUGAACACGAUGCCAAAGUGUUUGCUCCAAAAGAUAUAAGAAAUAACCAACGAGGGUCUUCAGAGAAUAGUCAAAGCGUUCACAAUCGAGUCAAUUCAAACAGCACUUCAAAUCGAAAUGAACACGAUGCCAAAGUAUUUGCUCCAAAAGAUAUCAACACAAUCAGAAAUAACCAACGAGGGUCUUCAGAAAGAGUCAAUUCAAACAGCACUUCAAAUCGAAAUGAAUACGACGCCAAAGUGCUUGCUCCAAAAGAUAUAAAUACAAUCAACAAUAACCAACGAGGGUCUUCAGAGAAUGGCCAAAGCGUUCACAAUCGAGUCAAAACCAAUGAAUGGGCACUUCGCGAUUUCGAAUUGGGUGCAAAACUUGGAUCAGGUCGGUUCGGCAAGGUUUACAUUGCACGGGAGAAAGAGAGCAAGUUCGUCUGUGCACUCAAAUCAAUGUUGAAAAAAGAUCUAGUAAAUACUCGUUUGCAAGCACAGUUGAAGCGAGAAAUAGACAUACAAUCACAGUUACGUCAUCCAAACAUUUUGCGUCUGUAUGGAUACUUCCAUGACAAAUGGCGCAUUUAUUUAAUUUUGGAAUAUGCAUCAAGGGGCGUUCUCAUGAGCCAUAUUCAGAAAUAUGGUCGGUUUCCUGAAAUGAAAGCCGCGAAAACAAUUGCACAAGUUACAAGUGCUCUGGAAUAUUUACAUGAACGACAACUAAUUCAUCGUGAUCUCAAGCCGGAGAACAUAUUAAUUGAUCACACGGGCAAUCUAAAACUAGCAGAUUUUGGUUGGUCUGUCCACGCGCCAGAAGACCGGCGUCGGACCGUCUGCGGUACUCCGGAUUAUAUAGCUCCAGAAAUAGUCAUGGGAAAACCAUACACACACGCUGUUGACUUGUGGGCCCUCGGAGUACUUAUCUACGAAAUACUAACGGGUGAAGCUCCAUACGUUGAUACUAUAAACCAGAAUAAUGAUCCUAAUCAUAUAUACAAACGGAUUAUAAGAAAUGAACGGAAUAAUGUACCAGAAUAUGUAUCAGAAGAAGCCGGAGAUCUCAUCGGAAAGUUAAUGCAAGUGGACCCUUUAAAAAGGCUUCCUGCUAAGGAAGUUCUAAAGCACCCAUGGAUAGAGAAACAUAAUGUUGCCAAGAGACAUCUUUGA